AGAGAAAAAGGAAGUGAGCUGCCCCGCUUCGUCCUCGUCGGGGGGUGUCACAGAAGUAACUUGCGCGUGCAGCUACGCCACCAUCGCGAACCAACAUCGUUCGGAUUGGAUCACUCGUCGCUGCCGUGGCAGCUUGACUACAACCAGCUCCACUGGAUAGUUCAGACGCGCCCAUUGCCAUCGGUAACUUUGCGUCGUACGGCACCGCACCUGCCUCUGAGACCCAAGCUAGUCGUGUAAAGGCGUUCCUGUCGUCAGCAGCAUCACCAACGGUGAACACGAUGAGCGGCAAGACGGUGUUCGUGACGGGCGCAGCUGGCUUCAUCGGCAGUCACACGGUCAUCGAGCUACUGCGAGCCGGCUACAGGGUCAUUGGAAUCGACAACUUCGCAAACGCUGUCCCAGGUGAGAAUGGACAAGCGGCCAGUUUGGAGCGGGCACAAGAGCUGACGGGAAGGACUAUGACCUUUUACCAGUGCGACCUUCUCGAGAAAGCAUCCUUGGCGAGGAUAUUUGACAAGCACAAGAUCGACUUCGUCAUCCAUUUCGCUGCCAUGAAAGCUGUGGGCGAGUCCAUGCAGAAGCCGCUGUUCUACUACAAGAACAACAUCGUCAGCACCAUCAACCUGCUCGAGGUCAUGAAGGAGCACGGAGUCUACAGCAUGGUGUUCAGCAGUUCUUGCGUGGUCUAUGGCAACCCACAGUACCUGCCUAUCGAUGAGGCACACCCCAUUGGCAAUGUGACAAAUGUGUAUGGCAGAACCAAGUACGCCAUUGAACAAAUGCUCGAAGACAUCUGCAAAGCUGAGAAGCAAUGGAACAUUAUAGCUCUGCGCUACUUCAACCCCCUUGGUGCUCACCCAUCGGGAAAGAUUGGCGAGGACCCCAUCAGAGCUUUCACCAACUUGAUGCCAGUCAUUGGGGAAGUCGCACUUGGAAAGCGAACGGAGCUGGCUGUCCUGGGGGGUGACUACGACACCGAAGAUGGAACAAGUGUAAGAGAUUUCAUACACGUCAUGGACCUUGCUACCGGACAUGUUGCGGCCUUGGAGAGGUUGGAGCAGAAUCCUAGAUACAAGGUUUACAACCUAGGAACUGGCAAAGGGUACACUGUGCUACAGCUGAUUGAUGCCUUUGAGAAGGUCACGGGAAAGAAGAUUGCCUACAAGAUCCACGACCGCCGCCUCGGUGACAUACCAGCCAUCUGGGGCGACUGCAGCCUGGCAGAAAAGGAACUGCAUUGGAAAGCACAGCACGGGAUUGAGCGCAUGUGCGAGGAUUUCUGGAGAUGGCUGACAAGCAAUCCUGCUGGGUAUCGCACAGACAACCCACGUGCAAGCCUAAAGAUUAACACCACUGAAAUCGGGUGUGGAGACUCUGCGCUGGCACCGGAGCUUGACUGUGACAAGUAGCAGCGAAGAAGCUCAAAGCUGGGGAGGGAGGCUUAAGGCUUUCCGUAUUUAUACUAUUGCUGUGCAUUAUUUCAGUAGGUCUCAGUACAGUCAACAUCAGAUUUUUCAGACCCCUAGGGACUGCAAAAUCGGUUGUUGGCUGCAGUCACAAAUGCAAGCCUGCAGGUCGGGUCAUUUUAAUGUUUGGGUUACCUGUCUUUCUUUUUUCACUCUCUUCUGCAAAUAAAAGUGCAAAUUACAGUGCGAAAA